UUCCCAAAGAAUAGAUAUGAUGCGAACACACUGUGCCUGACUUUACCUAAGAGAUAAGAAUGAGGGGUAAUAUUUCAAAGAAAAUAGAACUCAGGAUCUUUGUUGCAUAUUUAUUAUUUGAUUGCUAACUGUACUAUAGAAGAACUCCUAACAACUCUGUAGGUAUGCUGAAAACUAACAUUUCAUCUAAAUUUCAGAACCACCUAUUACAAUUUAUAUCCAGGAGUUCCAAUAUCAGUACAAACAGAAGAAAGUUGGCUUCAAGAAAUGUCCAACAAAAAGGAGUCAAGGAAGAAACCACCCUCUGUAAUAAAAGAAUGCAAACCUGAAGGCCCAGCUGUGAAGUUAAGAGAAAAAUGGGUAAUUAAUCCAGAAGAGUCCAAACUGAAUAUUUUAUGUGAGUUGGAGUUUGAGGAAGACUACCUAACCCUGUUCGAGCCUUCUCUGAGAACAUUACCUAGUGUUGGGCCACCACCCAUUCUGGCGUUCAGACAAGAGAGUUCCAGUUUAGGCAUUAACUUCAAGGAAGAAGAGGAGGAGUUAUCACCCAAAUGUGAAUUUUGUGGGAGUGAUCUAAGAACAUUUCUUUCCAAUGUGGAUCUUUACUCUGACUACGAUAGCUUCGAAUCAAUAGAACAUGCCCCUUGUUGCAGUUAUUUCCAAAAUCUGAUUGACCACAUCUAUGAGGAAAAACAAAAAAUCCAAAGCUGCAAAGCCGAAUUAAUCUCUAUUGGCCUUCACACAGCCCAUGGCAGUGAAGCUGAUAGACUCAAAGCAAAGGAAAAAGCCCUGGCGAGAAAACAGGAGCAACAAAUGGCCAGACAGUUUGCAAUAACAAAUGAACAGACUACUUUCUCUGAAGAAGAUUCAAAGAACUUAAAAAAAAUUUCUUAUCAACUUUCCAUGGAUAUUCCAGAAAAAGAGCUAACUGAUGACAGGCUAUUUGAUUAUGAACUAAACAACAGAAACAUAUCCAUUGUUUGUUGUGAUUCUAGGAUAGCAUGUGGAAAGACGGUGAGGAAUGAGCUUUCAGAGAGGUACUACAAACAUGGCAGCAAGUUUCUGACGUCAUUUCCAGAUGGGACAAUGCAAAUAUUCUACCCAUCUGGAAACCUAGCCAUCAUCCGAGUGCCCAACAAAAUAAGUGGUUUCACCUGUAUAGUCCAAGGAGACAUACCCACUAAUCCUGCAAUCCUGGCAGUGCUAGAUUCUUCAGGCAGAAGUUCCUGCUAUCAUCCCAAUGGAAAUGUCUGGGUAUACAUCAAUAUCUUGGGAGGUCAAUAUUCAGAUCAAGCUGGCAACAGAGUAAGAGCUUGGAAUUGGUCAAGUUCCAUCAGUUCCUCACCCUUUGCUUCAUUUAAACCUAUUUUUCUGGCUCUGAACCAUUACAUUGGAGUUCGCAUCUUAGAACAAGACAAGAUUUCAAUCACUUUUCUAGCAAUGGGCCAACAGGCAAGAAUCAGUGUCGGAAGCAAAGUGAAGCUAUCGAACCCCAAAGAGAUUCCAGUUCUCUGGUACCUGAAUGGGGAUGACCUUCUUCUGCUGGCCAUUUUAAUAAAGAUUCGACGCCUGUUUCAUAAACUUCAAAGAUGUGCAAAUUUUCCCUCCAGCCAGGUUUGGGAAAAAUUAGAGCAACCUUCCUACCUUUCUUCACUUUCUGUAAAAUUAAUUGCUCUUUGUCACAAUUCUGGUAUAAAGCAAGAUACAAUAACAACAAUAGCAGCUAUAAUAAAUGAAAAAAAUUAA